CGGCCGACAGUCCUCAUCCUCUCUCUAUCCAACAACCUUCCUAUUGGCAUAAUGCACAAACAGCUGUUGAGUGGCCUGGAGAAAAACGCAGAAGUCCGAAUGAUCAAAAACCGAACUGCAUUCUUCCAACAUCUGCACGCAUCUCCUCGUCCUCAAGCAGUCAUAGUAGCGGACGCUGCGAUUUGCGAGGAGCCUCGGCACGCAGACCUUGCCCCAAAACUCCUCGAGUACGCACGGUCUGGCGGAAGAGUUGCUUUGGGAGUGCAGUUCUGCUACUUCCUCGAAACCGACUGUACAGUGUCGUUCUUCCGUCUCUGGGGCGUUCCUUGGAGCUUGGCCAUGCACCCCGUUGAAAAAACAUUCGCGCUUAACCCUGACGGCAUUCCCACACCAUUGUCAUCCGCCGCGCUCCUCCCCGCAUUUACCGCGAAUGUGCUUAUAGUCCACGCACGCCCUUGCGAUGACGCGGUGUAUAGUCGUGUAGAUCCGUGCGAGCCCGGCGAUCAAGACCAGGGACUGCCAUACGACAUUUCAGUCGGCGUGGGUGCAGCCGCCUGGGCGCGCAUCGGACAAGGAUUCCUUGGCUACGUCGGCGAUGUCCACGGGGAGCAGGCCUUUGCGCGACUUACGAUCGAGAUGUGUGGGGUAACGAUUGGCCCUGGAGACCUUGGAGCCCGGGAUAUCUUCCGG